AUGGACGUCCGUGUGGAAGUCUUCGUCACCGGCGACGGCGCCUCCUCGUCGUCGAGCAAGACGAGGAAGGCUGCCGAAGCCUGGUCAAGCCGUCCAAUCCGUUGCGCGCCGCGAUGCAGAGCCUCCGCAUCCCCAUCGGCACCGACGUCGACGCCAUCAACGUCGCUGAGGCCCGAACCUAGCUCGAGGAAAGGCGCCAGCAGAUGCUGGACCUAUCUGAGAUGCUCGCCGCCACUCAGCGUCGCCUGGACGCCGCUCAGCUGGAGCGCGACGCCCGCCGUGGCCGAGCCAAGCCGGGUCGCCGAUGUGCGUGCCUGGGGAGGAGCGAUCGACUGGGCCCUCGGCGUCGUCCCAACCGUCUACGAGACCCCAGCGAAGAACAUGCGCGCUGCCCAGGCAGCCGCGGUCGGCCUGGACCAGCUCGCGGGUGAGGAGCUGAAAGAGCGCAUCGGGCGGAUGCGCGAACUCCUCCAUGCCGCCAACACCCAGCAGGACCGCCUCAACCAGCUCGCCAAGUCGGCGGGAUCCGGCUCCGCCCGCCUUGGCGGACCCAGCGAACUUCUGCACACCGCUUCCUCGCCACCCGGCGAGGCGCACUCCGGCCGAGCCCGGACUCGGCGCGUCCCGGCCGCUACGGCCGCUGACGGAUUGGGCGACGAGCCCGUCCUAGAGACCCAGCGCGGACCCGGCCAGCAUGGCCGGCGUCCGGCUCCAACCGACCCGGCCCCCCGUGGCCUGGCCGCAAGUCGACUCGGCCCGCGCGCCAUCGACGACGCCGACGCUCGCCACCGCCUCGAUCAGCUCACUCGCUCCCUGGAGGUGGAGGAGAGCGGCACUAUUGGGCCGGCAUGCUUCGGCCCGCGCAUCCGGGAGGAGCCCUUCCCCCAAAGGAUUCAUGCUCCCCCGCGACACCCCCAAGUGGAGCUGAAUGAAGCCGGCAAGGCGAAGCCGGUUCCCCCUCCGAAGCCGGCCGGCGAAAGCAGCCGGCAGCAGCAUCACCAGAACAACAAGUGCAAGGCCGACCAGCCGGCGCCGCGUCACGACAACCGGCUCAUCGCGGCCACCGAGCCCACGGCGGACCCGGCGGUGAAGCGCCGGCAAACCGGCAAGACGUGCACCAUCACCAAGCGCAUCAUGAGGGGCGACGUCCCGCCCCCUCCGGCCUCGGGUCCAGGCGCGGGACAGCCGCCUCCGCCUCCACCGCCGCCUCCAGCUGGCGACGCGAUGCGCGACGACGCCUACCCGGACUAG